AUGUGCUACCAUGCCAUGCAGCCAACAAAAAAGGAAGUCCAGUACUCUGAAAGUUCUCAGAGUUCUUCAAAAGUAUUGCCUGAAGUGGUGUGUAAGGAUCCUGGUCUUCAAUGUGAUUUUCAUCAGCCUCUUCCUAUUCAGCAUACCUAUCAUCAGCUUGGAGACAUUAAUAUUGCUGGUAUUAUUUCUGUCUUGUUUGCACCUUCUAAUCCCAUUAAAUUUAUUCAAGAUCCUUCUCAGGAAUUUCAUGAUGAAUUUAUAAUAGUUUUUCAGAAUUACCAGCAUAUUCUGACUUUAGCCUUUACUAUAAAAGAGAUCAAUGAAAAUUCCCAAAUCCUACCCAACAUCACGCUUGGCUUCCACAUUUUUAAUAGCAAUUUUAGUCCAAGCUGGACUUACUUCGCCUCAAUGCUUCUGCCUUUCACUCAGGGAAAAUUCAUCCCUAACUACAAGUGUGGGGCCCCCAAAACCUUGGCUGCAGUCAUUGGGGCACCUGACAUCUCUCUUCACAUGGCAACUGUGCUCUGCAUCUACAAAAUCCCUCAGUUGACCUAUGGGUCUGCCCCUGUCAUGGAUAAAGAGACUCAAGCAGUUUUCUUCCAACAAAUGUUUCCGAAUGAAUCUCACCAACUCAAGGGUCUCCUACAGUUAUUGUUGUAUUUUAGAUGGAUCUGGAUUGGAAUUCUUGUAGGAGAGACAUUUCUUGAGAAGAUGCUCUUAACAUUUUCCGAGCAUGGCAUCUGCAUUGAAUUCAUAGAAGAGUUCCCAAAUGUAGCUUUUUACAGUGAUUUUAAUGAUGCCAUUGAUGAAGGAUUACAUAUAUACCAUGUUCUCAUGAACAGCACAACCAAUGUGAUAAUCUUAUAUGGUGACAUUCAGUCCUUAUCAGUUCUGAGAACUUUCCUCCAGUUUUCAGAAGUGGAGGAUAUACCAAAGAAGAAUAAGAUCUGGCUUAUAACAGCUCAGACUGAUUACACUUCAACUGCCUUUCAUGAAUCUUGGGAUAUCCAUUUCCUACAUGGUGCUUUAUCCUAUGCAGUUCACACAAAAGAAGUCCAAAACUUCCAGGAAUUUCUUCAAAAUCUAAAUCCAAGCAACAAUCAGAAUGAUCAUUUUCGGAAAGUUUUCUGGGAACAGGCAUUCAGCUGUUUCUUCUCAAACUCAAAAGUGGAGGAAUCUGAGAAAAAAUGUACCGGACAGGAGAAGGUUGAAACUCUUCCCACAUCUGUGUUUGAAACAUGCAUGAGUGGCCACAGUUACAAUAUUUACAAUGCAGUCUAUGCCGUGGCACAUGCUUUGCAAUCUCUGUCUCUCUCCAAAUCUAGAGAAACAACAAUGGUGAAAGAAAGAAGGAAACAUUUUCACAAUCAAGUGUGGUGGAAGGUUCAUUUUUUUUUGAUAAGUGUCAGAUUCAAUAAUUGUGUUGGUGAAAAGAUCUCCUUUGAUAAAAAUGGAGAAUUCAUUGGUGGAUAUGAUAUUAUCAACUGGAUCACAUUCCCAAACCAGUCCUUUCUUAGAGUUAAAGUUGGAGUGAUAGAUCCUACAGCUUCAGCAGACAAGUUCUUCAAUAUUUCUGUCGAUUCCAUCACGUGGCCAGUAGGCUUUAAUCAGGCAUUACCUUUAUCUUUGUGUAAUGAUCCUUGUGAGACAGGAUACAGCAAGGCCAAGAAAGAAGGGACGUCCUUUUGCUGCUAUGAUUGCCACCUAUGUCCAGAAGGGAAAAUAUCAAAGGAGAAGGAUAUACACGACUGCUCUCCAUGUUCAGAAGAUCAAUAUCCAAAUUCUGACAAAAAUAUGUGCCUUCCAAAGCGGAUCACCUUUUUGUCCUAUGAAGAACGCUUGGGGAUCAGUCUGACUGCUCUUUCUCUUUGCUUUUCUUUAAUGACAACUUUGGUAAUAACAAUUUUUGUGAAACACAGAGACACUCCCCUUGUCAAAGCCAACAACCGGAAUCUCACCUACACUCUCUUAGUUUCCCUCCUCCUCUCUUUCCUUUGUGUCUUUCUAUUUCUUGGGAGACCCAACAUGAUUGUAUGUCUCCUUCGACAACCAGCUUUUGGCCUCAUCUUUUCUGUGGCAAUUUCUUGUAUAUUGGCCAAAACCUUUGUUGUGGUUCUAGCAUUCCUGGCCACCAAACCUGGUUCCAAAUUAAGGAAAUGGGUUGGGGGAAGAAUGUUUAUACGCACACUUGAACAUGUAAAAGAAGUGGGGAUUAAGUACAAAUGA